CUAUUUUCCUACUACUCUUCUUCCAAUUGUAUUCUAGGCUCAAUCCCACGCGCUUACGUCCCCAAGAUACCGAGAGAUGGCGGCAGCACGUUUGUGUGCGGCGCUGAUAUUUGCAGCUCUAUGCUUCCUUAGCCAUGUCACUGCUUGUGUAUUCAAGUAUGGGACUUCGCCUGAUUCACUGGAAGCCCCUCACGCCGGCACUCAUUGGGAUCACGGCUUGAAUGGAGAUGACUGGACUGGUGUGGACGCAACUGGAAAGCCUUGGGCCUGCAUGAGCGGAAUUCGCCAAAGCCCUAUCAAUUUGCCAAACGCGGAAACUCUCAAAAAUCGCGGCAGCAACAUCCCGGACAAGUUCCGUACCCGCUGGUCGUACCCAACCAUCUACUCUAACGGCUCCAAUGUGGAGGUUAUCAACACAGGACACGCCAUCCAGAUUGAGUGGCUGUCGCCGUUCGCAGCCGACGUCGCAAUUGUCGUCCCAGCACGCCAGGACAGCAACACAAGGAUCACCUCUGUGUUGGGCAUGACCGAAACCGAUCAGGCAACCACCGUCAAAGCCACGCCGCUGCAGUUCCACUUCCACACGGUCUCCGAGCACCUGGUUGGAGGCAAGCACUACCCUCUUGAGCUUCACAUCGUCCACCGUGUGACUGACCUGCCCGCCUGCACCGCCGGCUGCUUCUCCGUGACGGGGGUGCUGUUCGAGCUGACUCAGUCGGAGGACAACCCCUUCCUGGAGGCCAUCUGGGCAGCCUUGCCCAUGCGUGAAGGGGCCAUCAACUAUUUGCCUCCGGACGCUGAGGUCCGUCUUGAGGAGCUUCUCCCUCCCCCCUCCUCCCGCGAGUAUGUCACCUACGAGGGCAGCCUCACCACCCCGCCCUGCUCGGAGGGGCUGCUGUGGCACGUGAUGCUCAAGCCGCAGAAAAUCAGCAUGGCGCAGUGGACCAAGUACAAGACGGCUGUGGGUUAUAAGGACUGCAGCCUCAAGAACGGGACCGCUUCUGCCGGCAAUGUUCACCAGCAUCACCACCACCGCCGUUCUCUGGCUGCAGAGGAGGCCACGGGCAACGCCGAAGACUAUGACUGCAAGGUCGUGGCGUACGGCUACAAUUACCGGGCGUCCCAGCGCCUUUAUGGGCGGGCUGUCCGGCUCGCUGCUCUUACUUAAACUGAGCUUCGGGAGUAAUGGCGUGUAUAUCCAGCGGAUAGGUGUCGUGCUUAAAGUAAUCUUCAGUACUCCAUCUUCUUACUUUCUUUCUUUCUUUCUUUGCCACCACGGCGUGCCGUAACGUGCUGAUGGCCUCCUGUUGGGCUCCGUUAAAUAUAGUUGGAUGCUCUUGUGGGCAAUUUCUAACUGCGCAUACGCAUUAUGGCCUUUUCAUGAAGCUUUUAGAGCAGGACAGUGUCUUCAUAAUACGUUGUACGGCGAUGGUUUAACGCUUUCUUAACACUUUCUUAGCACUUUCUUCUCCUUGCAUACGGAUAAAAGUGCACGACAAUGUCAUUGUACGGCAUCGCGCAUGCUCGAAAGUUUAUUUGUGCAGCAUCACGGUGGUCAAUUGCCCGUGGAAAUGUAAUGGUAGGGGUUGGCCUGUGUUUGGGCCCUAUGUGCAUAAGUACCUCCUAGGUUUACUUGCUCGUUUUUUUCAAUCAAUGUCAGCACCGUCCUUACUGACACAUCCCAUCUCUAUAGUUAUUCCCGGGAUUCACCUUUAUCGCGAUUGGGGGCCAGCGGAAAAGGGCCUCAGGGCCCGGGGCGUGUACAUCUUCGGACUUCAAAGACCGGUCGAGGUAUCGUUGCUUAGGUCGUUGAUGAGGCGUCGUUCCUUUAGGCCGAGAUAUAUCACUUUGUAGUCUCUAACAGCAGGUGAAAGCAGACGCCAGUUUACGGACGUGGGCACGUAAGAUUAUCUUUGAGAAUCUUACGAUUGUGUGCCAUGUACGAUUGUGCGGCUUGUCGUACAUGGACCAAUCGGGGCGUCCUGGUGAGUCACCCAAGAGUGCCCCCUGGGGAGCAUUCACUUCGCAUUCACUUCGCGGACGUAUGUAUGUAUGUUAGUGGCGACCAUGAUGAGAUAGCGCGUGCGAAAUGCUUCGGUGUUGAUGCAGUAGAUGAUGUCCUUGCUCUAAAGCAGUGGCCGCGGCAGCAGCCGAGAAGACCUUGCAAGGACUAGGUAGGGUUAUCGCGGCAUUUCGAGGAGUUCCAAUUGCCGCACGCCGUGUCAGCGCCAUGGCGCGACAGCCUGGUGACACCAACAGCAAGGGGCUGUUUCUCAGGAUAUGUCUGGUGGGAGAGUCUUCGGCUAGUCCGCAAGUUUUAGGUCUUGGGUCCGGAGUGGCGGCAAGUGCUUGCAUUUAUGACAGGGAAAUUCAUUGGCUUCCCUUGCGCCAUAUUGUGGUCUCCAAUGCGCGUGGUCGAUUUACGCUCUGUUCGUCUGCCUCCUUGCAUCUCGGCUGAUCUCUUUCUCCUUAGGCUUAGUUAUUAAAGUGUAAUCCACUGGUUUCCGG